CUUUGGAAUGUCAACUAUUCAAUAUGGAGGCCGCGGUCAACAAGCUGGAAGCGAUGUUCCAGAAGGCUGAGUCUGACUUGGAUUAUAUCGAGCACAAGCUAGAGUUUGAAAUAGUGAAAAAUCUUCCUCGCAACGCACCAGCACAGGAAAAUCCAGUAAAACUGCUGGAGCAGCUGAGGGUAAUAAAAUCUCGUUAUCGCGAGUUAUCUUUGGAGGCAGAUCAGAUUGCCAGUGAACAAAAAGAGGCUGUGGAUUUUAUCCGUUUGCAACUUGCUACCACGUUUCAGUUAGUGCAGAAACUGCAAGAGCAGAGUGACCUCGAGUCUUGUCCACCCACUGAUGAUGAGCAGUGGGCUUUGCAGAAGGUUCUGAAAUCUGAGGUUUUGACUGGAGCAGGUCCUUGUGAGGAACCUUGUACGCAAUCUCCAAAACCACAGCAGAUGAAAGUUGAGUUUGAACCAGUCACUGAGAAGAUGUUCAUGUCUGUACCGCAGAGUGUGAGGCAAACUGUAAAACUUGCUGAUUUGAACAUGUUUUAUCAGCAACUCUUUGAUUACUUCACAAACAACAAAAAUAGUUCUGCGCUGAGUGUGAUACAGAUGAACAAGCUCAACAUGAAAGCAACUGAAUCAAAGUUAAAAACAUUAAAAGCUCUUGAAAUCCUUCAACUAGACAAAAAAGGACGAGUCCGACUUUCCGUCAAACCCUCUUAAAUGCUGAGAGUCCUCUACCAGACCGGGUUUUCUCACUUGGACCUUGUAUAAAUCAGAGAGGAUUGCAAAACUAUUUCACUAACUAUCUUGUUUGGAGAUUUCCAAACUUUAAGAUACGGAUUCAAGGAUCUUUUGGAUUGUUAAUUAAAAUUGAGCAUAAAGCCAUCGGGAAACUGCAACUUGAGGUCUAGAAAGCUGUUUUCAGUUGUGACCUUGCUGUGUAUUAGGGGCUGGUCUUCCUAGAGUGGACUCAAUUGUUAAGACAGAGGCAAUGUCACUUUAAUUGGCAGUGGAAUCAUGCGCCAUAUUUUCUUGGCUUUUCAAUGCUGUUGGUUCUGGAUUUUAUUUUUUACAAUGAGAGCAGCUGAUCAAGGGAAAUAUGUAACUUUACCUUUGGUUGCUUUAAAUCACCUAAAAUAGGCUGCAACAGAAGUGGUGAGUUUGCAUCUGAGGAAUGUUCCCUUGCCCACCCCAAACAAAUUCUGAUAAGUUGGAUCUGUGCGCUAUAUGUUGUUCCAUAUAUGGACAGUCAAAAUUCCAUCCGAGUAGCUGUUACCUCAUAGUAAUCACCUUCACAGCAUUUAUAUUUAACCCUCUUGCAGUUCCCUGACCCUUGCACAAAGCAUUGAAAAAGAGUAGAUAUUGUACAUUUAGUGACCAUUCUUUUGAUUGGUAAUUUGUGUGGGGGAAGAAAUUAUACAAUGUAUUGUCACUUCCUAGUUCAUAGAAUCUUGUGGAAAGUCUAAUUUUUGUUUCUGGUGUUUGGCUGGUCUGCACUGAGCUGAAGGUGUAAAGUUAAGAGAUUGAGUUGAAAUUUAAAUUUCUAUAUUUGAUAAUCCUGAAACCAACAGAGGAAAUAAGCAAAGAUUUGCUUACGUUUUAUUUUGUUUCUUUCAUACUGAAAAGAUUCUUUGUACUGAUAUAUUUAGCUGUUUUUGUAUAAUUGCAUGAACAAAUGAAUAAGAUAGCUGAAUGGUCCAUUUUUGUUGAAUAAAGUGAAAUGAGGUUAUUAUGGGUUUUAUUCAUUACUUAUGUAGCCUUAGUUAAGGAUGGCUGCAAUGGAGAAUUGAACAUGCGUCGUUUUGAAUUUGGCUAUACAGUUUAAAUUAAUCACCAUUUGGUUAGUUGCAGGUCAGUGGUAAUGAAAAGGCCUUAUGGUUGCUCAUUGACCCAAUGUUAAACCAUGUUUAGUUUUAGUCCCUAGAGGAAGAGAGAAAGUGAGUGGUGGUGGGAUGUGGGUUUAAAGCUGCAAUUCAACGUAAAAAUGAUUUCCUAUCUUGUACCUGGCAAAUAUUGAUGUUUGAACAGUUAUAAUACCUCCUUAAUGCAAUCUGUUGACACGGAUUCCAGCAAAACCAACAGUGUAAAAUUCAAGUUUCAUUUUAUCACUUUUCGUUUUUCUUGUAUCGCUGAUUUUGUUAUCUGUUAAAUUCUGCAUACUUGUUCUCUCUCUUCAUUCUUCUCUCCUCACUUGUCAGUGGUUUCUCUAGUUCAUAGCUUUACGUAUUAUGUAUCAACAUCCAGGUUAUUUGUUGAAAGUUAAUAGGAGAGGUGUGGGAUACAUUCACAUACAUCCAACAUAAAUGAGAUGCAUUAAAGGACCAACUAGUCCACAUAUCUUUUAAAAAGUCUUUGUUAUGGGUUGUAUACGGAUUUUAGGUUCUAUGCAGAAUAGCUUGCUUUCAAAUUCACAAGAUAUUUUGAAAAGUGGGUUUGCUCCAGUGAUAUUCAACAUGUUUCAACUGCUAAGAUCGCUUCCAACCGCUUUUAAGUGAGGAAUGUUGCCCCAUGUCCACAUCUUGGAAAGAUAAUGUGAAGAUUGUCAUUAGAAAUCAGACUUGUUCAUUAAUGUUCCUUAGGGAAAGAAAUCUGCCACUGUUACCUUGACUUGUGACUCCAGCCCCAAUAGCAAUGUGACCGACCUUAACUUUCCCAAGGAAAUUAAGAAUAGGCAAUGAGAGUGAUGAAUCUUUGGAAUUCAUUGCCACAGAAGGCUGUGGAGGUGAAGUCAUUGAGUGUAUUUUAAGACAGAAAUAGAUAAGGUUUUUAUUAGUAAGGGGGUUGAAGAUUACGGAAAGAAGACCGCAGAAUGGCAGUGCAGACUUGAUGGGCUGAAUGGUGUAAUUCUGGUCCUAUAACAUCAGGUUUUAUAUGUUGGCCUAUUCAGUGACAGCCCAUCAGCACAUUUAAAAGCAGUCAUAACAUUGUAGAAAAUAACCAAUUGGAAACCAGGCAGAACAGAAGUAAAGGUAGGCCAAUAAGUAAGAAAACCUGGAAACAACCUAAAGUCAUUCAGCCCCUUCAGUCUGUGCUGCUACUUAUUUGGAUCAUGCCUUAUCUAUUUUAACUAUUCUCCUACCUGGAGAGGUCAAGAUUCUCAGAUGCCACCUAUGUUUGUGUAUUGUGGUUUGAGGGUAAAGAUGAAGGAAUUUCCUAUUUCACUCUAGAUUUAACAUUGGGAACCCAGAAAGAGGAGAUAAUCAAAGGGCAGUUCCUCUGUAUCCAUCGGAUUGUUUAAAGAUCUUCAUCAAAUCAGCCUUCCCUCAAAAACUGGUUAAAGCACAUCACAGAAUGCCAUUUAGAGUAGAUUUGAGUUUACCAAACCUGUGUUGUCACUCAUAAUCUGGAUCAAGUAGACAUUUAAACACUUGUACUAAAUUUAUUAUAUUUGGUAAUUGAAAAAUCUGUAAAGGGAUUUUGAGGAUACAGCACAUUGGACAGCAUAGUGUACUUCAUAUUCUCUUAAACUGUAAUUCCUCCUUGUGGAAUUUAAUAUCAAGUCCUGGUUUCAUCCAAAAUGAUGACUCUGCCAAAACAAAACAUAGGUGGGAUAUUGCAUUAAAUUAGUUCCUGAAGGUCAACUGGCAUUUGCCGUUCUACCUUUUAAUUCCCCACCUUUAUGAUUCAUUGUGAAACAUGCCAGUUUCCACAUGUUCCGAUGUAAUGUAUUCCCCAUGUUAACACCAUUUGUGUUUUCUUUCACCUAUCCACUCAGUUGUAUGUACGAUUAUAUAAUUUCCAGUGCAUUAAUAGUUAUCCAAAUUAUCACUGGCUGUACAUGUUUUCUUUAAUAAAAUUAACAUCUAAAAUUGUAGGCACACAAUUGUAUGAUUGCAAUUGUGUUGGUGCUUUUACAGCCUGCAACAUUCCUGUCACCAGUGCUGUGUUUGGUGAAUAACUAUUGUGUGUAGAAGGGACUUUUUAAAGCUGUAAAGUUAGAGCUAUUGUAUUUAAAAACUAAUCUUUCUGGAAUAGCAGAUUUAAAAAUAAGUUGAGUUGAGGAUGUUCAGCUGGAGGAUUAAUAUGCAGUUUGACAUGUGGAGACAUCUUUACCUCAUAAAGAAAGCCAAAAAGAUAAAGAGUGCAGAUGCAACAAGACAUACCAUUCCAUGAAGCAACUUGCUUCUUGGCCUUUGUUUUGGCAGUUAGCCAUACCUGUGAGGCUGGUUCCAGUUUGCUCUUUGGAUUUGAUUUCUAUUCUCUUCACUAAGGCUACCUGAAAAUAAACAGUGGUAAAUAAAGUUGCACAACUUCUGAUUUCUGCAUAUUUCAAACUACGUGUAGUUGCUGGUAAGCGACAUAUUAACUGAAUUUAACCUUCACACUAAAUUGUGCUAGGCAAAAGCAAAAGGCAUACAUUGAUCCACUUAAUGUGCUGAUACAGGCCAGCAUUCAUUGCCUUGAACUGAGUGCCAUGGUCAGCUAUAUGUGAGUAAUUAAGAGUCAACCACACUGUAGGUCUGCAGUCAUGUGAUGGCAGAUUUAGGGCAGCAGAUUUCCUUCUCUGUAGGGCAUUAUUUUUUUUUUAAAAAUGGGUUUGGUAACAAUCUGAUAGUUGUGUCACCAGUACAGAUACUAGCAUUCCCAGAUUUUUAGUGGGGAUUUAAUUUGUGUUUCUAGAAAAUUAGUCCAGGUCUUUGGCUAUGUUACUGGAUUCCAAUGUGUUGGCAUUCCAGUAUUUACCAUGUUGAUUUGAAGGUGGUGGUUAAUACAGAUUAGCUAUCAGCAAUCAGCUUUUAAAUGCUUCAACUGUGAACUUCUAUGAAAUUGAUUUAUUUUGGUGUCUUUUUUUCAUUCAUGGGAUGUGUCUGUAUGUCUCUGACUCUGUGUAUGUUUCUGGCUGGCCAGCAUUUACUGCCUUUGAGAAAGUGAUAGUGAGCUACCAACUCUUUACAAAUCCUGUAUUGUCUUCAAUUCACUGUACCUCAACUGCUUAUUUCUUACAAAAUAAUUAUGAUCAUGACAUUAUGAUCAUGUCUGGGAGUCUCCCAACUUUUUUUAUUGGCAUCUUACCUGCAGGAGGAACUGAAGCACCAGUUCUUGAUAUUCUGCUGCCUGUAAUUCCCUCUGUUUCUCCUUCAGCAGUUGAAAUAUUGGUUUGAUUUUUGUUAGUGGGGCAUUCUUCUUUCUGUGAUACACUGUCAACAUUGCGAUAAACACAUCAUCAUACUAAAGUAUUGGACAUGAUAUAUAAACAGACUGAAAUGCAAAUAAAUCCAAAUACUCUGAUCACUGAAUUAAUCCAGACCUUAAUGUAAAUCCAAAUGCCAGGUUAACAAUUAGUCCCAUUAGGUGAUGUGUGCCAAUUCCUAUUUCAGACUAAUUGCUCAUGAAUGCCUUAGUUCCUUAAUGUUAAAUCUUCAAAUCUUUGCAUUCUACUCCUGUGAACUCUUGUAACCUCUCAUUCCAUUGUGCACCUUUUGCUCUUUUUGAUUUUACUGUCUGUCCCAUUCUCUCCAUCUGUUGAGCUGUUCGUUGUCAUGCCCCUAAACUCUGGAAUGCUAAAUUUUAAUCAAGUUUUAUUUAGAAAAAAAGAGAUGUAUUAACAGCAAAAAUAAAGGUAAUGGGUGUGAUCUUAUAGCCAUUACAUUGACAUAGUUAUAAGGACAUCAAAGCUGGGAACUACAUAUUCAGGGGUAUGUGACUUUUUGAAAGGACAGACAGAAAGGAAAGGGUGGUAAGGUAGCACUGUUAGUAUGGGAUGGAAUAACUACAAUAUCAAGAAAUGAUCUUGAAUUGGAAGAUGUAGAAUAUAUAUGGGUGGAGGUAAGAAACAGAAAGGAAAGAUGCUGGAAGUAAUCAUCUUUGGCCCCCUAACAGAAUAUGUGGUGGGACAUAAUAAAUUAGGAGAUAAUGAGGGCAUAUAACAAAGUUAGAAUAGCAGAGGAAGCCACGAGGAAGAAUUCAAUAUAUUUGGGACAGUUUCCUAGGACAAUGUGGUGGAUCUAACUAUGUAUUGGUCUGGAUUUGUAAUGAGGCAGGUUUAAUAAGUAACAUCAAAACAAAAGAUCCCUUUUGAAACAAUGACCUUGACAGAUAAAUUUUAGUAUUCAGUUUAAGAGGGAGGAAUACUGGCCAGAAACAACUAUGCUGCAUCUAAAUCAAGGAUAAUUACAAAAUAAGCAGGACAGCUGGCCAACAAAGACAGUUGAGGAACAACGAUGUACAUUUAACAAAAUUAGAUUAGAUUACUUACAGUGUGGAAACAGGCCCUUCGGCCCAACAAGUCCACACUGACCCCGCGGAAGCGCAACCCACCCAUACAUUUACCCCUUUUACCUAACACUACAGGCAAUUUAGCAUGGCCAAUUCACCUAACCUGCACAUCUUUGGACUGUGGGAGGAAACCGGAGCACCCGGAGGAAACCCACGCAGACACGGGGAGAAUGUGCAAACUCCACACACAGUCGCCUGGGUCGGGAAUUGAACCCGGGUCUCUGGCGCUGUGAGGCAGCAGUGCUAACUACUGUGCCACCGUGCCUAUAGUUCAUAGCUUACAGCAAAGCUAUAUUCCAGUGAGGAAGAAGAAUUCUAAGGGGGUAAACAAAUCACAGUUAAUGAGGAGUUAAGGAUGGCAUCAAAUUGAAAGGGGGAGUAAAACAUACAACAUGGGAAAGAUUAGUGGUUAGCUAGAGGAUUGGGAAGGAUUUAAAAAGGAGAGACAAUUUUUUUAAAAAGGGGUUAAAGAGAACCUUUUGAAGGUAAACUUGCAAAUAUGAUUAACACUGAUGGCAAGAGCUAGUUGCUAACUAUAAUCGGGGCUGAUUUUUAAUCGGUGAGGGAACCCAGAGUUAUGAGGUAAAGGGUGGGAAAGUGGAGUUGAGAAUGACCAAAUCAGCUAAUGAUGAUCUCAUGGACUAGGCUGAACAGACAACUUUUCAUAGUCUGGUCUUAGAAACGAUAAAGAUUACAAACCGGGAUGGUGAAUCUUCUAUUACACUGACUAAAUUUUUUUUCCACCGAUGCGCAUCAGGUUCUAUUUUGUAAGCUGCAAUAAUACUGAUGUCCAUAAUGAUACUGUAACCAAUUGUGGCUUCACUGACAAUCUUGUUCCUAUUUGUUCAGCAUGUAAUGAAAGGAGUUAUGGGAACACACCUCCCUCAUAUUGUCCAGAACACAGUAGUUAAAAGUUCACUCCUAUUAAUGAAUGUAGCUGCAGCAAUUGAUCUACCUUAAGUCCUCUCCUCCGUCUGAGUUAUUUGUACUUGUCUGCAUCUUGUUUAUUUUUUCCUUUGGCUGAUUUUGCAGUUCCAAUAUCUCCUCUAGAACACCAUCCAAUGUAGAAUGAGCUCUAAUGAAAACCGUAAAUUUUAUUUAAAAUAGUUUAUUACAAUUAAAACUUUCAUGGCUACUUGAUUGGGAAAAUCCCAUGGACAUUUUCAUUUGUAAAAAUUAAUUUACAUUAAGUGGAUAAUGAGGGUGCCAGUGAAGCUCUGAUACAGCCACAUAUUGAAUAUCUUCAAAGUGUGAUGGAUUUUGACUGGAAUGGAUAGGGGCAAACUUCUAGCAUCUCCACAGUGAACUGACACAGUCUGACAAAGUACAGAGUUGUCAGCUUUAGCAUACUGGUAUGGAAAGAAGAAAAUACUUGAGUAAUAUAAGGCAUCCUUCAACAGCUAAGCUAAGGUAGUUUGAGACAGAACGGAUGGGUUAUUCUUCUCUGUGAGAUCUAUAAUGUUACCAAUUGGUAGUGAGAAGUUUGAUACUAUAUGCAAGGUGUCGUGUUUCCUAGAUUGUUCAGUUCUUUUUUGGUGACAAAGACCCUGCCUCUCAAGUGGCAAGACUGUUUUGGGAAAUGAAUUAACUGCAAUAAAGGGUCAUAUUUUAUGAAAGACAAAGUGAAUCAUGGAAAUAAAUCAAAUAAGUCUUUGAUAAAGUGAUAUGAUAUGGCAAGUGGGCAAGAGCUGUAACAAAAAUGAGACAGAGAUAUAGUGCUGACAUUAGAAUGCAUGGAAUGUUGCUUGCUUUAUUUCUCUACCUCUCAGUUUCUUCCAAGGAUUUCUGCAAGCUGCACCUUUCCCAGUCACUGGGAUGUUCCAACGUGCCUUGGCUUGCUUCUUGCUCCACCUCUUGCACAGCCUCGUCCUCUUUCUGAUUCUCGGCAGUCUCCUGAACAAUCUCUCCUGACGUUAUUCCCUCUGGCAUUUGAUUCACCUUUCCAACUGAAACAAAGCCCGAUUAUAGGACCCUGCAACACGAUGAACCCGAUAAUUGCUUACAUAUUAAAAAUAAGGUCCAAAUAGGAAACACUUGCUGUUAAUUUUUACAUAUCGUGUUCUGUUUGUCAAUAAUCAAGAAAAUUAUUUAAAAUAAAUUAUUAAUGUCAGGAAUUGAAAAUGAAACAAUUGGGAGGCAACUGAAAGGGUGAUGGAAAAACUGGGUCUAAACAUGAUUUUACAAUGAAGACGUAAAUAUUAAAAUGGAGAUUUACUAUAGAUCUUCAGAGUGUGGGCAUGAUUAAGAAUUGAUGCUGCCAUCAAAAAAAAGGAUAUGCUGCACAAUGGAGGGAGUGAACUCCAGAAAUGUGUAUAUAUAGUCAUAGAGACGUACAGCAUGGAAACAGACCCUUCGGUCCAACCUGUCCAUGCCAACCAGAUAUCCCAACUCAAUCUAGUCCCACCUGCCAACACCUGGCCCAUAUCCCUUCAAACCCUGUCUACAGUUCCCUGACUUAUCCUGACCACCCUUCUUAAACAGUGGCACCACGUUGGGCAACCUCCAGUCUUCUGGCAUCUCACCUGUGACUAUCGAUACAAAUAUCUCUGCAAGAGGCCCAGCAAUCACUUCCCUAGCUUACCACAGAGUUCUAGAGUACACCUGAUCAGGUCCUGGGGAUUUAUUUACUUUUAUGUGUUUCUAGACAUCCAGCACUUCCUCCCCUGUAAUAUGGACAUUUUUCAAGAUGUCACCAUCUAUUUCCCUACAUUCUAUAUCUUCCAUAUCCUUUUCCACAGUGAAUACUAAUGCAAAAUACUCGUUUAGUAUCUGCCCCCAAGUUCUGCCGCUCCACUCAAAAGCCGCCUUGCUGAUCUUUGAGGGGCCCUAUUCUCUCCCUAGAUACCCUUUUGUCCUUAAUGUAUUUGUAAAAACACUUUAACUCUAAUUGCCAAAGCUAUCAUGUCCCCUUCUUGCCCUCUUGAUUUCUCUCUUGCUGAGAGGAUGUCCCUCAUUGAGGGCAAUAGGUAUCUAGAACUGGGGACAUUGUUUAAAAGUAAAGGGUCUCCAAUUUAUAAUGAAGGUAAGGAAGAAUUUCUUUUCAGAGUAUUUCUGGUUUUUGGGAUUUUUUUGCCUCGGGAAGCAGCUGAGGCUGCAUCACUGAAUAUAUUCAAGAUGGAAUCGCAGAGUUAGAUUGAUUUUUGAUUGACAGGGAAUUGUAGGUAAUGUCACAAUCAGAUCAGUCAUGAUUUUACAGAAUGGUGGAGUGAGCUUGAUGGGCUGAACAGCUGUUUCUAGUGAUCUUAAAAAUGCCCAUUGCAAACACUUGUAGUACCCCUCAGUACCUUGUGAUGGCAGUCUUGGCCUUUGUUCUGCUGGUUCUAUAAUGUGACCUUGAAACUGGACUUAAAAUACAAAGAGCUUGGAGAUUUGGGAGGUGGAAGAGAGGUUUUAUACAGUUGAGAUCAGGAAGAAAGUUGUAUUUACAGAUCUACCUGGGUGUCACAGUAGCUCUGCGGUUAGCACUGCUGCCUCACAGCGCCAGAACCCCGGUUUGAUUUCAUCCUUGGGCAACUGUCUGGGUGGAUUGGCCAGGCUAAAUUGCCUAUCGUGUCCAGGAAUGUGCAGACUAGAUGGAUUAUCCAUGGGAAAUGCAUGGUUACAGGGAUAGGGUGGGUCUGGGA